CCGCCCAUCACCACGCUGGAUGCAGCCAGCCUAUCACUGAUCCGACGGCGGCUACUCAACGCCUCACUCCGGCCAAAACCCCCUCACCUGCACUUCACUUACUCCGCCACCACCCAGGUCUCCUCCGCCGCCGUCCUCCUCGCCCUCUGUACAGUAAACCACCAGCCACAUAUACUCUUCCAAGAGCGCAACAAUAAACUGAGUUCGCAUGGCGGUGAAGUCUGUUUUGCGGGCGGCAAAACCGACCCAUCAGACCUGUCAUUUGAGGAGACAGCGUUGAGGGAGACAAGGGAGGAGUUGGGCAUUUUUCCUGAGCGCGUGGAGAUCCUUGGGGUGCUGCCGGAGGUACCCAAUAAGGGAGGUACGCUGAAAGUACAUAGUGUGGUUGGGUAUUUGGGUAAUGUUGACCCGAAGCAGUUGGAUAUUAAUCGCCGAGAGGUGCAUAGGGCGUUUGCGCUGCCGUUGGAU